AUGCCGUCGGAAACUUCCUCCCCAGAGCAAUACUUCAUCAAGAACUCCACGCCUCACGUCCCCAACUCUCCUCUCCCAGUACUGGUCUAUCGAUCCGCACUGCCAGUCAACCCCACUCCCGAAUCAACAUGCGCUCGCAUCGAACCGAAUAAGUGGCUGAAGGGUGGAGUAUUCAAACAUGUUGGAGCACAUCACUAUCACAGUGUGACGCAUGAAUGUUAUGCAGUGUUCAAGGGACAUAGUCGAUUGCUGCUAGGACGAGGACCUUUAGAUCCGGAGACAGACGAUGAUUUGUUGCUGGAUUUGGAUGUUGGAGAUGCGAUUGUUCUUCCUGCUGGUGUGGCACAUUGCAGUCUAGAAAGCAGUGAAGACUAUGAAUAUGUCGGACUUUACCCAGAAGAUAGUCCCCAUUGGGAUAAUAACUUCUGUGAAGCCGGUGAGGAAGAAACAAAGCAGAAGGCUUCGAACGCUAGAGCUGUUCCUCUGCCAGAAUCAGAUCCUAUUUUUGGUAUUGGAGGACCACUGGUUGAUAUAUGGAGGCAAGAAUCACAGCAGAGUAGCUAA